CAUAGAUUAUUUUCAAUUGAUACAAAUGUAUUGAAAUAAAAUAUUCAUGUUUGCAGCGUUGGUUAAAUGUUUUGUGUGCCUACUGAAAUAAAGGCGUACGAAAAGCAAGACAAAACAAUUCUAAUAUUGCUCAUAUUUCUGCGUUUUGUUUAUAAUGAUGUCUCAGACUGCUAUGUCAUUACAUGCGAUAUUUAUUGGUGUUAAUUUCCGUCUAUGAUUUCGAGUUUCUUUUUUUAUCUACAUCAGAAAAUAAUUUGUCUUCAAUAAAAACAUCAGCCUGUAAAUGAAUGAAAGAAAUUACAUAGUUGAUAUAUAAAUGUGGCGAUGUGAUCACGGGCGCUACGUAACGAAUUGGUUGCAGUUACGAAGUGAAACAAAACAACUUCCGUUGAUCAAUACAUAAAAAAAUUGGAACAACUAUAAAAAAAUACCUACUAUGCCUAACUUCACUUCGAAUCGCUUUAUAUCGUUUUUCUUGAGACAAGAUGCCGGCCAAAUAAGAAUAGACGAUGAGUACUAUCUACGACCUCCACAAAAGAAACUAAUAUAUCGUAUAUUAGCAUAUCUUAUGACCUUCAUGGCAAUGGGUGACCAAGAACUAUGGGGUUUUCGGAAUUGUAAAAAUUCAGUUUUUAAGAUAAACAGGGUUUUAGUUCUAUGGUAUGCUCCGAUUUCUUUGGUAUUUCAGAUUGUAUUUUUAUUCGCUAAUUAUGAAAAACUUACCUUUGAAACAAUGGGAAUAAUAUUUAUUAUUCUGCCAGUGUCGAUUUUAAUAAAUAUUGAACUGUUUAUAGCACAAAUGAAAAAAUAUAAAGAAAUAUUGAAGAGAUUCUUCACAGAAGUUCAUUUAUUUUAUUUUAAAGAGCACGAUGCGUUCACGAAAACGGUACUUUUAAGAGCUGAAAGAUAUGUGUUUCUGCUGAUGUGUUCUUUUGUACUGUUAGUAGUCGUCGACGGCUUCCUGUGGGUGAUAAUUCCGGUAUUUAGCAACUUGAAAAACAAGGAAUUAAUACUGAAUAAGAAGAGAACAUUCCUAACGGGCAUAUACUUGUGGUUGCCGUUCGACUAUUUGUACAAUUAUCGUAACUGGCAAAUUGUACAUACAGUAAAUGUUUUCGUAAUGAUAUACUCAUCAAUUCUUCUAGCUUUUGGAAAUUCAAUACAUUUAUGUAUUAUAUUUCAUUUGAUCGGUCAUAUAAAGAUUUUGAAAUAUAAAAUUGAAUCGCCGAAAUGGAAUGAAUUGAGUCAAGAGGAGGUGAAAAAUAUUUUGGUGGAUAUUUUAAAAUAUCACGCUUUUAUAAAAGGGAUUAAAAACGUUUUACAGGAUGUAUUUGGUUUAAGUAUUGGUGGAAUUUAUCUACUCAAUUUAUUUGUAGAUAGCUUGAUAUUGUACCAGUUGAUGAUGGGGGGCACAGACAGCGUUGCAAUAUAUGCUUUAAUGGUUUUCAAUCUCAUGUUUGAACUUAUUGUAAUAUCAUUCAUUAUAGAGGAACUACGAAUUCAGACUGACGACAUCUCCGAUAUUAUAUAUAGUAUUCCAUGGGAAGAUAUGUCAAUACCCAAUAAAAAAACAAUAUUGAUGAUGCUAGCUCAAGCGCAAACACCAUUGAUGUUUAAAGCGGCAGCAGGCAUUAAAACGGGAGUGCAACCUAUGAUUGAUAUAUUUAAGGCCACAUUUUCUUACUAUGUGAUGUUAAAGUCGACUAUUGAAUAAUUGAGUAUUGAAGAAAAAUGAAAGUUAAUCACUGAAUAUGAUAUUAUCUAAUCUAUAAAUAUUAAAUUUAUAUUUAUAUAAUAAAUUAGUAUUAAAUUUAUUUGAAAUAGAGCAAAGUAUAAAUUUAC